UGAUAAUACAGGUCGCUUUUAUCUGGCAACCUGACAGGCGUCCAGCCCGUAGUGAGCGCUGCAUGAAGAUUGUGUACAGGAGUGCACGAGCUCCGCCUAGACCCGGAUGGGUAGGGCAAGUGUGGGAAAGGAGGAUGAGCCAGGAGAUUGAAUAAAGCUCGCAAGCGUUAAUAGCAGCUACUAGAGGAGAGCAGCGGGAGGGGAAAGAGAGGCAAUGUUUCUGCCGCAAACACGCACGCAUCGGGACAGCUGAGCUCGAGUUGGAUAAGAGACUAAAGAGCCGGACUGAAGCUCUUCUUCACCCUUUCCUGCGAAGUGCUGCCUACAAGAAACAUCUGAACAUCUCACACUGACGUCCUGCACUGUGUAUUAGCACUUCUUUAGAGGUGUUAUGUUCCAUUAGUUGGGGAACACUUGGCUUUUCCCCAGGCGACUCAUGCUGUCUUUGGCGUUUAUCUGACUUGCACUGAUAGUCGGGAGAUCCUCGAACUGAUCACUCUCAGCUCAAUAUGUACCAGGGGCACCUGCAGGGGAAAGACUCUAGGGCUGCAGAUAAGGCCGUUGCCAUGGUCCUGAAGGAGAUACCCAAUAAGGCGUCCCCAGAAGGCAAACCCCUCCUCACGGUGACCAACAAGCUGGUGAGUGAACAACAAGAGAGCCGUCCCUUGCUGAGCCCCUCCAUCGACGACUUCUUGUGCGAGACCAAGUGUGAUGGAGCUGCCCGCCCUGUGACCUCCAACACAGCAGUGCUGUCCUCUUCUCUGGACCUGCUAGACCUGAGUGAGCCUGGUGAGAGGAGGAACAGUAAAGACAGAAAGAGUUCCAUGUCCACCAAGAGCACGCCUCAUAGAAAGAAAGCAGAUGAAACUGAGCUGAUACAAGUGGAUGUUGAACAGAACAAACCCUGCUCUCGUACACCUGUGAAAGAUUCUCUCGAUUCAGCAGGUGUUCCUUCACCGCUGGAGAAAUGGGAGGAACUCAAUCCUCAACCAGAGAGAACCGGUAGCAGGAAAUGGAAGCUAGACAAAAGAAGGUCGUCCAAAAAUUCUGGAGAUUUUGCUUGGUCUACUGACAGCAAAACGCAACCCGAUACAGCCGCCAAGAACUCAUUAGAAAUAAAUUACAAGGCUGAAGCAGAGACAUCGCCUUCCACUCAACUCAACAAGCAGUAUAUUAGUGGAAGACAUGGCCGACUGAGCAAAGAUCAGAGGUGGGGUGGAGGGCUCCUAUCCAGAAACCAGUCCCUCGAGGAGGAGUUUGAGCGUGCCAAAGCAGCAGUGGAAUCAGACACUGAGUUCUGGGACAAGAUGCAGGCUGAGUGGGAAGAACUGGCUCGCAGAAACUGGCUUACAGAGAAUGAGCAGGCCCAGAUUCCUUCUACGGUUUCUCCUCAUGAAAAGGGAUAUUACUUCCACACAGACAAUCCAUAUAAAGACUGGCCAAAUGCAUUUGAGGAGGGGCUGAGGAAGGCCAGAGAGGGAGAUCUGCCAAACGCUGUUCUCCUCCUGGAGGCUGCUAUCUUGCAGGACCCUCAAGACUCAGAGGCUUGGCAAGUCCUGGGGACCACACAGGCAGAGAAUGAGAAUGAGCAGGCAGCGAUUGUCUCCCUCCAGAGGUGUCUGGAGCUCCACCCCAACAACCUCCAGGCCCUCAUGGCAUUGGCAGUGAGCCUGACCAACACGGGCAUGAAGCAGGAAGCAUGUGAGGCACUACUGGGCUGGCUGAGACAUAACCCCAAAUAUAAACACCUCCUGAAGAACCGCAAUAACCUGCAGGGCUCACCAAACUCACGCCGCCUCUCCUACUCCGCACCCAUGGCAUGCUCUCUGCUGCCUGAGCUGAAGGAGCUGUUCUUGGAAGCGGCCCAACAGAACCCAGACACGAUUGACCCGGACUUGCAGACAGGCCUGGGUGUGCUUUAUAACCUUAGCUCUGAGUUCAACAAGGCUGUAGAUGCCUUCAAUGCUGCGCUGUCUGUCCGGCCAGAGGACUACUUGCUGUGGAAUCGUCUCGGGGCAACGCUAGCUAAUGGAGACCGCAGCGAGGAGGCAGUGGAAGCGUACACCCGGGCUCUGGAGCUCCAGCCUGGUUUCAUACGCUCUCGCUACAACCUGGGCAUCAGCUGCAUCAACCUGGGUGCACACAGGGAAGCCGCCAGCAACUUCCUGACAGCAUUAAGCCUGCAGAGGAAGAGCAGGAGUCGGCAGCUCUCCCACCAGGUCAUGUCUGGAAACAUCUGGGCAGCAUUGAGGAUAGCACUCUCAAUGAUGGACCAGCCUGAGCUCUUCCAGGCGGCAAACAUCGGGGACCUGGACUUACUCAUGAGGGCCUUCAACCUGGACAUGUGAACUGGCAAAUAUUUUUGAAUGAGUAUAAGCCAAGAACCCAAAGUCCUUCAAAUGGAGGAAGCAGUAAACCAUUUUAUUGAAGAGAUUUUUCAUUUUUUUCGCAGAGCACCUUUACAUUCCUGAGAACUGCAUGGCAGUAUAUGAUUUCAGAGAAGAGCACAAUGCCUGGAAGAUUGUAGAAGUAUGCCUUAGAGAAAAUACUAGUUAGUGACGUCUUGCUGGGUGGAGGAGGGAUGUGCUGGAAGAACUAUGAAAAAAAAAGUCUGUAACUCAGAACGGUUACAUUCCUGUGUCUCUUGUAUGAUGAAACAGAUGCAGAUCUGGAUUGUCAGAUAGAUCAAAGCAAUAGUUUAAAAUUGUUCAGUGCUACAACCCACAGGUCCUAUUUUAGCUUUUUCUUAAAUGUAGUACUAGAAAAAAAAACUUUUCUGUUGUUUGCUGUAACUUUGCUGCAGACCAGACUAUAAAGCCUUAUUUAUAAUGCAUGACAAACAAUUAGUAAUUUCAGAGACCUUAUGGGGAUGAUAGCAGAUGAGAUAGUUUGCCUCAUGAUGGCUUGUCGUUUACAAAGAAUCAAGAAGUUUUUUUUUUAAUCACUAUCAAAGCUUUCCUUUUGCAUCUUUACUAUAUCUCUGAAUGCCAUAUGUGACUGUCUUAUGAAAGACCCACAAAAUAUGCAGGUGACUGUCCUCCACAGUUCCACUUGACAUAAAGUUAUGCAUUAUUGCAUUGUGUCUUAAAGCUCAUUUAAGACUUUCGUUGCAUGUGAUGUGAAGUUGAAAGUGUCAAAAACUUUAGGGUAAAAUAAUGAAUGAUGCAUAACUUGAGAUCAUGGUUUAAUUUAUUGUUUGUAAAGAUGGAGGCAGAUUACCUAAAAAAAUGAGUGUUGUCACUUUUUAUCAACUUACUAAGGAAACACCAUGGAAAAACAUGGUAGCUAGUUAAAUAUGCACUUACUUUGUUUCUUCUCAGUAUAUCUAGCUACAACUAGUCCACAUACACAGGACAACACAAAACAGCAUGGAUGAUAAAUGAGAAGGUUUGCAUAUCCAUCUUUACAGGGCACAGAUUUUCUGCUUGAAUUUAGCAUGAGUGACCAAAUCUAUUUAUUUUGAUGAUCAUUUUUACAUUAAGCUCUUUACGUCUUGCUUAUUUAAAUGACUGUAAAUUCUCUGUGACAGGCCUGUGCUUUCUAGCUGAUUGCUUCCUACUGUAAAUUAUCUAAUUGAUAUGUUGGUAGAGCCCGAGGAAUGUCUCCCCUUUUUUUUAGAACUCUGUACAAUCUCAGGUGAGAUGAUCUAGAUGACCUUAUACUCUAGAACUCCUUAUUUAUGAGGACUGCAUGCUGAAUGCACUUAUUUUUGAAUGCGGUAGCUUUAUUUAUAUGCAUGAAAUUGUCAUGCCUCUUUUAUUCUAUCUCUCAUUUCUAUGACAUAUACAUAAUCCUGAUUUUGCAUUUCAGUACAUAUUGACCUUUAUGUACAUUUAUCUUAAAGCAGAUUAUAUAAUAGUUACCAGUUUUGCAAUGCAACUAGUAAUCUAGAUGAAAUAUAAUUUAUUGUAUACCUGUUCAUACUAUUCUCACAAAAGAGACCAGAUUUACUGAAGCCUGUAGCGCAUGUAAAACAUAGUAGCUCGAACAAACCAAGUGUGCAAUCAGUGAUCUGACAUGAAUCCGUCCUUACUACAAUGUUACCAAAACUAUACAUGCUGCAUCUCCUAAUAAUAUGUCACAGGCUUCAUUAAGUCUGGUGCAACAUAUUUAAACAUAACAGAAUAUAUCAACUAUUGAACAAACAUAUGAAAAUGAUCUUUUAAAAUAAAAUAAAAUGUAAUUUACACUGUGUAGUUGUCCUCUUUUAUAAUCUCAGUUGUUUUACAUUAAUCGUCAAUAGUUAAUGCAUAUUUCUCUCA